GGGGCACGGAGCAAGGCAACGGCAAUAGGAUCAGGAACCUAGAAACAUCUGGAGAAUUGAUGCCUGGUAUCUGAAACCCGGUCAAGGCGGGUAUGAGCACAUCACCUUGUCCGCAAGUGGGAAACUGGAGGCGAUCGUCGUUUGCGCUGAUUCUCCGUAGACCACUGUACACCUGAGCCUCGUUCUGUGUCGAUCAGCAUGAGCCUCUGCUUCUGGUCCAGCCACGAGCAAUCAUGCUGCAGCGGAGUUUCGAUCGUCGAAUUGUAUGCAUUGAAUCCUUCUUACGUUAAUUAGGUAAUGCAUGCUGCCGCUGAGACGUGGAGGCACUGUGGACCAGGUGGACUGGUACGUCGAGGGGAUAGUCGAACGACCGCGGGGUCACGACAUCGUUGGAGGGGACAAAAACUCACUCGGCAUUUUGGCAGGGCUCAGGCUGCUGUAGCUUCGAGAUUUUGACUACAGUCGACUGCUACUAGUUGUGGAUUUCAAAGAAGAAAAUAUCUUAUCGGUGUACAAGAUUCUAUUGUCAAGAAAAGGAUUAAUCCAGUUGAUUUUGCUUGUGCACUUGUACGUGCUACUCGCCGCAACGAAGUGAGAAAAUUUAUUUUGCAAUCUACGGAAUUGGACUUCAAUCCAGUGUAUCCAGUAUUGAAGCCUUGUUCAGUGUAACGCACGAUCAAUAGUUGAUUGCGGCAAUGGAGGUCAGCGACUGCUCGGUACAGCCAAUAAUUUGUUUAUGGAAUGAGUGGAGUUUGAACGUGGAUCGGUCUUUAUAGGAUAAUGGCGGAAUUUUUAAAAGCAUCUAGUACGACCCGUUCGCUUUAUAUUACAACAUACAGGAAGCGAAGAAUUCCUUUACCUUUUUCCCUUUGUAGAACCUUUCAUAGAAGCCGUUCAGUAAAUUCUUUGGACUUAAAAAGCUUCCACAGAUAUUCAGAUCGAAGAUUUCCAAGAAUCGUUCGAAGAUGCACAAGCUACACAACUCAACUACCCCCUAUGUCAUCCACUAGGUCCGAAGAAUGGCUCGCAGCUGCAACCAUGCCGUCUCAUUCGUCAUCAAACUUAAAAUCCUUGCCUACAGAACAUUUGAGCGAUUCAUCAGCUCAAUGGUUGCUAUCGAGAGAGUCAACAUUGUCUGCUAUGGCUCAUACCCUGCUGAAUUCUCUGUUAGAACCAAAGAUUAGAUGAAGAGAAUUAUUUUCAUUUGAUUGGUUAUAAGUUUCAUAAAGUGAAUACAUAUUCAUUGAAUGGUGGAAUGUGAAUGUGGGGUAUUUGGACUAGGGUGUUCUCAGGAGCAGACAGUGAUGAUGUUCGCUUAGUUGUUCAGCAUGUUGUUCGCGAGCGGCCAGUGUCAACGCUAAUGGGCGUUGGCUGGGGCUAGGGUGCCAACUUGUUGACCAAGUAUCUGGGUGAAGAAGCAGGUUCCACUCGUAUGGUGGCUGCUAUAGACAUUUCCAAUCCUUUCGAUUACGAGCAAUCUUCAAUGCAUCUAGGCGCACAACAUGGUGAAAAACUCGACCGUAUGAUGGCAAAAGGUCUAGUGAGCAUUCUUGAGGCAAACAAGGUGCUUUUUAUGAGGGAAAAUAAAGGCUUCGACUUGAGAAAGGCUUCGACAUCCUCCACAGUUCGUGAGUUUGAUGCAGCCAUAUUAAGAGUAACGUAUGGCUUUAAUACGUUAGAGGAGUUUUAUACUGCUGCAGGUUCUGCAAGAUACAUCAGUACUGUCCAAGUCCCUCUCCUUUUUAUCCAGAGAGAGGAUGAUUCAAAGCCAGUGACUUCCAUUCCUCGCCUUGUUCUUGAAAAGAAUCCAUACAUCACUGCUCUUGCACAGAUUCCAGUAGUUAAUUUAUCCUCUUUCAAGGGAGUUGUACGAGAACCUGGAAGUACAUCAAGACAUGACUGGAGUUAUAACGUUGCAUUCGAGUGGUUAGCAGCAGUGAAAGUGGCGUUGCUGAAGGGCCAACAUCCACUUUUACAUAGACACUCGUAAUAACUCUGGAAGCGAAUCGCCAGCAAGAGAGCAACCAGCAUUGGAAGAUGAAAGCGUAGUUGAGGAAAAAGAUGAAAUUAAACC